AUGCCUGUAAUCUCCACCGCGGAGCUCAAGCAGGCUCCCGCCACCACUCUCCCUACCGUGCCUGAGCCCGCCGUUGCUCCCGCCGAUCCGCCCGCCCUUGCACCCGCCGCUUCCACCCCCGCUGAUGCAACCCCGGCCGAGCCCGCCGCUGCUCUCGCGGAGCCCGUGCAACAUCCGUCCGCGGAGGAAAUGGCGCAAGGGCCGGUCAUGGAGUCCACCGACUUCACUUUCUUGGGAAUGCCGCUCCAGCAGCUUAAGAUGAUUUACCAUCACGCCGUGACUCAGUCCGCGCGGCUCGCGCUGCCGCUUCUGGCGGCCGUCGCGGUCCAGCUCACGCGCAACGUGGAUUUCCAGGCGCUUUGGGAGCAGCUCCUCACUCUCGACACCUCCUACCUCGUCGCCGCGUUCUCCGCCGCGCUCUUCGCCGUCACGGUCUACGUGCUGACCCGCCCGCGCCGCGUGUUCCUCGUCGACUUCGCGUGCUACCGCCCGCCUGAUCACCUCGUCAUUACCAAGGACGUGGCCGUCGAUCGCGUCAAGAAGCUCGGCUACUUCGACGAGAAAUCCGUCGAUUUCCAGACCAAGGUGUUUUUCCGGUCGGGGCUCGGCGACAGGACGUACGUGCCGCCGUCCAUGCUCACGUGGCCGCCUUCCCCGUCGAUCGCGAACGCGCGAAUUGAGGCGGAGAUGGUUAUGUUCGGCGCGCUCGACGAGCUGUUCGCCAAGACUGGCGGCCAGGCGAACAAGCUCGCGGUGAUUGUAUCCACCGAGAACAUUACCCUGAACGCGUACCUCGGUAACCGUCGCUCGAUGCAGGUUACCAACGUUCUGUUUCGCAUGGGCGGAGCCGCGGCGCUGAUUUCGAACAAGCCGCGCGACGCGUGGAGGGCGAAGUACGAGCUGAAGAACGUUGUGCGAACCCACUUGGGAGCUGACGACAAGGCUUACCAGUGCAUUCACCAGAAGGAGGACGAGAAGAAAAUCGUCGGCGUGAUGCUAUCGCGCGAGCUUAUGAGUACCGCCGCGAAGGCUCUUAAGGCCAACGUGAGAUCUCUCGGCCCGCUCGUGCUGCCGCUUUCCGAGAAGCUGCUCUUCGCCGCGGCGUACAUCGCGCGGCGCGUGUUUAAGAUGGAUAUUAAGGAGUACACCCCCGACUUCAAGCUCGCGUUCGAGCAUUUCUGCAUCCACCCCGGAGGACGCGCGCUGCUCGAUGAGGUUCAGAAGGGUCUCCGUCUCACCCAGGGCAACAUGGAACCGAACCGUAUGACGCUGUACCGCUUCGGAAACCUCUCGUCCGCGUCGAUCUGGUACGAGCUGUCGUACGUCGAGGCGCAUGAUCGCGUGAAGCGCGGCGAUCGCGUGUGGCAGCUGGCGUUCGGGAGCGGGUUCAAGUGCCAAAGCGCCGUGUGGAAGGCGCUGCGCACCGUGCCCGGCGCGAAGAACCCCGGCCCGUGGGCGGAGGCUGACGGCUACGUUCCCCCUCCCCCGGUCGAGGCUCUCGAGAUGGAUCCCGAGCCCCACCACUAG